CCACAAAAUUGGCGGCAAUUACACUUAUAUUCCCCCGCCCUUGAACACACUCUCUCUCUCAACAACGAUGAACAACGGCAGGAAGCGAGCGGCACAGCAGCCACCAGCGCCGCCGCAACCGUCGAAGCACAUUGCGACGGAGAUGCCAAUGGAGGAGGAGGAGUACAUGGAUGAGGAUGUCUUCAUCGAACAAAACCUCGUCGACGAAGACCAACUCAUUCUCCGGGACAUGGAAGACCGUGAAGCCCUAGCUAAUCGCCUUCACAAGUGGAAGCGUCCGCUAUUAUGCUCGGGGUACCACUCCGAGUCACAAAAUAUAGUUUUUCAACAACUGGAGAUUGAUUACAUGAUUGGAGAGAGCCACAAAGGAUUGAUGCCUAAUUCUUCUGGUUCUACUGCUAUUAUCAGAAUAUUUGGUGUAACCAAGGAAGGGAAUAGUGUAUGCUGUAAUGUUCAUGGAUUCGAACCGUACUUCUAUAUCAGCUGUCCUCCUGGCAUGGGCCCUGAUGAUAUAUCCCGCUUUCAUCAAAUUCUUGAGGGGAGAAUGAGGGAAGCCAACAAGAGCAAUAAGUUUUCUGUUCCUAAGUUUAUUCUUCGUAUAGAACUAGUUCAAAAAAAGAGCAUUAUGUACUAUCAGCAACAUAGUUCUCAGCCCUUUCUGAAAAUUGUUGUUGCAUUGCCAACAUUGGUUGCUAGUUGCCGAGGAAUUCUUGACAAAGGGAUACAAAUUGAUGGUCUUGGUAUGAAAAGCUUCAUGACAUAUGAGAGUAAUGUUCUUUUUGUUCUUCGCUUCAUGAUUGAUUGCAAAAUUGUUGGUGGCAACUGGAUCGAAGUUCCAGCUCACAAAUACAAGAAAUCAACAAAGAGUCUUUCGUACUCUCAGUUUGAGUUUGAUUGUCUCUAUUCAGAUCUGAUAAGCCAUGUUCCAGAAGGAGAAUUUUCAAAAAUGGCUCCAUUUCGCAUAUUGAGUUUUGACAUUGAGUGCGCUGGUCGUAAGGGCCUUUUCCCUGACGCUAAAUAUGACCCUGUUAUUCAGAUCGCAAAUCUGGCCACACUGCAGGGUGAGGAACAACCAUUCGUGAGAAAUGUCAUGACCUUAAAGUCAUGUUCACCGAUAGUUGGUGUUGAUGUGAUGUCAUUUGACACCGAGAGAGAAGUUUUGCUGGCUUGGAGGGAUUUUAUUCGCGAAGUUGAUCCAGAUAUUAUAAUCGGUUAUAACAUUUGCAAAUUUGACUUGCCUUAUCUGAUUGAGAGGGCAGAAACAUUGAAAAUAGCUGAGUUUCCGAUACUUGGUCGCAUUAGAAAUAGCAGGACCCGUGUGAGGGAUACAUCAUUUUCUUCUAGGCAGUAUGGUACAAGGGAAAGUAAAGAAGUUACAUUGGAAGGGAGAGUUCAGUUUGAUUUGCUUCAGGCUAUGCAAAGGGAUUAUAAAUUAAGUUCAUACUCACUGAAUUCUGUUUCAGCACACUUUCUUAAUGAGCAGAAAGAGGAUGUUCAUCAUUCGAUUAUAUCUGACCUUCAGAAUGGUAACCCAGAGACAAGGCGGAGACUAGCUGUUUAUUGUCUCAAGGAUGCUUAUCUCCCUCAGAGGUUGCUGGAUAAGUUGAUGUACAUUUACAACUAUGUGGAAAUGGCUCGAGUCACGGGUGUUCCCAUAUCGUUUCUCCUUGCUAGAGGCCAGAGCAUCAAGGUACUCUCUCAACUUUUAAGGAAGGCAAAACAGAAGAAUCUAGUGCUUCCUAAUGUGAAACAAGCAGGAUCCGAGCAAGGAACGUAUGAGGGUGCAACUGUUUUGGAACCGAGGGCGGGAUUCUAUGAAAAGCCAAUUGCAACAUUGGAUUUUGCAUCUCUUUAUCCAUCAAUCAUGAUGGCAUACAACUUAUGCUACUGCACUCUAGUGACUCCUGAAGAUGCGCGGAAGCUCAAUCUCCCACCAGAAUGUGUCAAUAAAACUCCAUCGGGUGAAAUAUUUGUCAAGUCAAAUUUGCAGAAGGGUAUACUUCCGGAAAUUCUUGAAGAACUGUUAGCUGCUCGUAGAAGGGCUAAAGCAGAUUUGAAAGAGGCAAAGGAUCCCCUAGUGAAGGCUGUAUUGGACGGUCGCCAGCUGGCUUUGAAGAUAAGUGCAAAUUCAGUGUAUGGGUUUACAGGAGCUACGAUUGGCCAGUUACCAUGCUUAGAGAUAUCCUCAAGUGUUACAAGCUAUGGCCGACAGAUGAUCGAACAUACAAAAAAACUCGUCGAAGAUAAAUUCACAACACUUAAUGGCUUCGAACAUAAUGCUGAGGUAAUAUAUGGGGAUACAGAUUCUGUUAUGGUGCAAUUCGGUGUGCAAACUGUUGAUGACGCCAUGAAGCUGGGUAGGGAAGCUGCUGAUUACAUUAGUGGGACUUUCAUCAAGCCUAUUAAACUAGAAUUCGAAAAGGUAUAUUUCCCGUACCUGCUGAUCAGCAAAAAGAGGUAUGCUGGCCUCUACUGGACAAAUCCCGACAAAUUUGACAAAAUGGAUACAAAAGGUAUUGAAACAGUUAGAAGGGACAACUGUCUGUUAGUAAAAAACCUGGUAACGGAGUGCCUUAACAAAAUACUAAUAGACAGAGACAUACCUGGAGCCGUUCAAUACGUCAAAAAUACCAUUUCAGAUCUGCUUAUGAAUCGCAUGGAUUUGUCUCUUUUGGUUAUUACCAAGGGACUGACGAAAUCCGGAGAGGAUUAUGAUGUAAAGGCAGCACAUGUUGAACUUGCAGAGCGAAUGAGAAAGCGAGAUGCAGCAACUGCUCCAAAUGUUGGAGACCGAGUACCAUAUGUCAUUAUCAAAGCUGCGAAAGGCGCAAAGGCAUACGAAAGGUCAGAGGACCCGAUAUACGUGUUGGAAAACAAUAUACCCAUCGAUCCUCAAUACUAUCUCGAAAAUCAGAUAAGCAAGCCACUGUUGAGGAUAUUUGACCCCAUUUUGAAGAACGCCAGUAGAGAACUUCUUCACGGGAGCCACACUAGAGCUAUCUCCAUAUCUACUCCGUCAAACAGUGGGAUAAUGAAGUUUGCGAAGAAGCAGCUAAGUUGCGUUGGCUGCAAAGCCUUAAUCAGUAAUAAAGAUCAAACACUUUGCUCACACUGCAAGGGAAGGGAAGCCGAACUUUAUUGCAAAACGGUUGACAACGUAUCGGAGCUAGAGAAGCUUUUUGGGAGGCUGUGGACACAAUGCCAAGAGUGUCAAGGAUCUCUUCAUCAAGAUGUCUUAUGCACAAGCCGAGAUUGCCCAAUAUUUUACCGGAGGAAGAAGGCACAGAAAGACAUGGCGGAAGCCAAAGUCCAAUUAGACCGAUGGAACUUUUAAUGCUCCGAAUUUGGACCUUUUGGUAGUUUUGAUUCUGCAUAUAGUUUUAGUAAUAGUAUGAUUAGAUUUCAAUCAAUCUAUUCUACUAAAUGUUUGGAAUAUUAACUUGUAUUUGUAUUUCCUGAGCCAAGUUGCAGAAACCUAUCAUGGUUCAUCAUGUCAUGUGUAUUGUCAUAUAUAAAAAGCAAGAUUUACACUUUGAAGUUGA